CUGCCCCCUUCCGCCCACUCGUUUCACUUCCCUUCUCGUAUUCAUGCAUAAAAAAACGCGUGACUGAUGAUUAGGCUGGCGCACCUCCAACAUGGCUGUUUUCAGACAGGUGUUUUUCGUGUUCCUCAUUUUUGGAGCACUGUUGGCGGAACUUCGCGCCACUGACGGCUCGAUUUCAACUCCAGGACCAAUGACGUCAUCUCCAUCUCUGUCAAUCAUGACCAUGUCGUCACCAUCACCAUGGAAACUGACACCUACGUCACCGUCCCGGGCACCACUGCCUUCUCUCACACCCACACGGCUGCCGAUGUUGUCAGAGCCGGCGAGCCAGCUUUCCAACCUAAUGGUGUCCUCAAUGACAACACCAUCUGUGAUGGCACCAUCACCGACCGCCAACCUCAACUUGAUAUCACCAACCCCAACAUCGUUCGUGAUGACGACAACACCGGCCUUGACAACGUCAAUCAAGGAUAUGUUGUCAUCCCCAUCAACAUCAGUCUCCAUGGCAACGGCGCCGAUCCCGGCAAGCCCAAAGCUGAUGCCGUCCUCAGUCGUCCGAUCUCCAUCAUCCGAAGUGCCAUUGUCUUCGACCACCCCAACUCCAACACUAGGCUGGUCAUCAGCUGCAUCACUGGUGAUGUCAUCAACGCCAUUUUCGACACCUCCAAGCCUCAUGACAUCAUCUGCAGCACCGUCCCGUGCAGAUGUGAUCUCGUCACCUUCAUCAGCAUCUGUGGCGAAGACAUCAGCACCAGCGAUGCUGAUGACGCCAUCGCCACUACCGAUGACGUUGGCAUCUGCUGCAACAACAACUGCUCAACCGCACGUGACACCAACAUCAGUAAACAUGAGUUCAAUGUCACCAUUGGCCACGCCCACACCCACACUCAUCAUUGGAACACCGAGUUUGAAAUCGACCAAUCAGCUCUCAGCUACCAUCUCGAUGCAACCCACCUGGAUCCCGCCAAUCACAGCUAACGUCACAACCAUCACGACUGCCAGGAAGCCAGUGGAUCCAGGACGAAGCUCGUCAUCAACAGUUGGAAUAGUGAUAGGGGUGGUGGUAGUGUUGGGGCUACUGGCUAUGGCUACUCUCCUGGUGAUCAGGGUUAUCAAGAAACGAAAGGGCGUGGCUGGGCGUGAAAUGUCCUACCUAUACCUACUGGAGAACCUGGAAGUUGAAGACGCGUCUACCACAAUGUAGCAGUAGUAGAAGAUGACUGGUGGAUGUAUUCACUCAGUCAACUAAAUAUUCAAUUCACAAAAUGAAACACAACAUUUUGAUUAUUAUAAAUUCGAUAAAAUGUCACUUUCAAGACAGCCUAUUUUUGGAAAAAGUUUUACAGGAAGUAAGGCUAAUUACUUAUUGUCGUGCAUUUAAAGGCACAAUCAAGUACAUUUUGCAUGUCUGUGUGAGUAUGCUUUAAAAGAUGAUUAUUGUAUAUUUUAACCAUAAAGUCUAACUUAUUUGUUUGAUGGGUAUAUUUUAAUUGAAUGUCAAUCGACUUAGAUUGUUGCUGAAAUUAAACCAUUGUAUUUCUGGAAAGUUGUGCCAAUAAAAAUGUAAGCAAGUUAAGUGUGGAGACAUGACUGUACAAAAACAGUAUUUGUGACCACUGGACAGUGUUACUACAGUGUGUGUAACUCAAAAUGUGAUAUUGUUAUGCUGUGGUAACACUUGAAGACUGUAUUGUUUAUUCCAAUGAUGAUUUUUCUGUGCAAAAAAAAACUUGUAUGAAUAUUCGUGCAAUCCUAGCCUUGGGUCCAUGUUGUGUUUCAAUAAUUGUGCAUUUCAAGAGAAAUUUUGUGUAUAUAAACCCACUGCUGUUUUCUGGCCAUUUCUGACAAACACAAUAUAUAUGUAGGAAGUCAAUGU